UAAGAAUCCACGACGCCUUCGUAGACCUCAAGUGCCAUGUCGCAUGCCAUGCCGCUCGCCUUCGUAGCCCCAGCUGCGCCGACCGUGCCGACCGCCACACGGUCGGCGCCACCCGCAGGGUAUGCUGCAGCACAACCGCUGCGCCGGGCGAGCCGGGCGACAGGCGGUUUUUUGCGCUUUGCCGCGGUCUUUUGCGGCAUUGUCUCAGCACGGACCUUCUCGGUGAGCAAGGAUGCUGGAUCCGCAGGUGUUCGGGCCGGACCCGCGUCGCGCGGAGUGGCGCAGCGGGCGGAGGGCGACUCUGGGCGAGUGGUUCAUAUCAAGGCGGAAAAAGUCAAGGAGGUGAAACUCCCACAGGGUCGCACAGAGACCAUGGAUGCUUUAAUGCGGAAGGAAGCCGUGCAGAUUCUGGCGGCCGGCGCCGAACGAACGGAAGAGGCCAAGGGAGAAAAAGGCAUAUGGUUCGCCUAUAUGAAGCCAACUCGGAUGGGGACCUGGAAAAACCAGGCCAGAUUGAAGUGCAAGCUGGAACUGGCCAAGUCCGGGGCAGUGAACGUGGAGGUGGUCGAGAUCGAGGUCGGCUCCUGGGAUCGUGACCUUAAGAAGUUCAAGUACGAGAAGUUUGCCGAGGAGAGCUUUUCGCUCAACUGGAUGAAUCGCAUGACAUGGCAAGAGAAGGGCACUGACUUGUACCUCUUGCACACCUCUCGCGGAGAUAUGAAGCUCCUACUGCCUUGGUGGUUCCCACUGCCCGACGCUGUGGUCAAGGCCACAUUCCAAGCGGGCAUCCGGUACAUGAUCUCUGACGGGCAAGCAAAGAUCUCUGAUGCAGUGAUCAAGCGCUACAAGCAGCUGUGAGGCUGUGAGAGCCAGACUCCGACGCCCUACAUCCCAGCUGAGGUCCACAUCAAAGAGAAAGGAUCAACUGAC